CCACAGUCCGGGUUGUUGCCAAGUGACUUUUUAAAUUCUCGUAGUUUUUGCUUUGUAACUGCAUUUUGGUGUUGUGCUCGUCAAGGUUAGGCGUCUAAAACUGCCCCAGACGAGCCCUUUUCGCAGACGCCCCCUUUGCGCGCAUUUGGAGCGCGGCCUUCCAACGCCCCACACUCGUGGUAUUCUUGGAUACGUGCACGUUCGUUAUCACACGUAGUUCCAGAAGAGUGGGUGUCCCAGGGCUGCGCCCGCCAGUGCAAUGUGCGUUUAGUGACUGGCUUCACGCUUUCUCAUGUGUGGGAAAAUGUGCUAGUGUUCGCCGCCACGAUGAAGCUCAGCGUCCAGGAAACGAAGGAUCUGCACAAGUACACCAAGUUUUUCGCCCUGAAGUCGGCCCAGGUGAUCAUCCAGUCGCGGGUCGCCGAGAGGAUCUCCACCCAGUGUAAGCCGAACACCCAGGGUACGGAUUGGUUCAACCUGCACAUCAACGACCACCCUGAUGUCAUCGCCGAGACGAAGAAAGCCCUCAAUGGAGAGAUAAUCUCGCCGUGUUUUCCGCUCUGCAUCGAAAUCUCGCUGCGGACGUCUGAAGGGGAUCAAAUGACGUUGGAAUCCUGGUGCCUUAGUCUGCUACCUGAACAAUGUGACCCGACCCUUAAAAACAUCCCCUCUGUCUAUAACAGAAUGGGGCUUCUCUUGAAAUCGUUACUAUCAGUUACUCGAGUGACCCCAGCUUAUAAACUUUCACGCAUGCAAGGUGCGGAUUCGUACGUUAUGUGUUAUCGUAUUUACUUGGGUCAGCCUGUACUACACAGCCUUGGCGAAGAUUAUAAACAAACAAGGAUAGGGCAAAUUUGUACGCCCAUCGGGACGUUGCAGUUUUCUGUAGCUUACAGAACGAAAAUGACCAUUUCACCCACUCAGACUGGGAAAAACUCAAUCAUGGUCAAGAGUGACCACUUCAACAGUAAUUCCAACACCAGGAGGCACAGGAAUGGUGAUGAUAUCAAUGACUUGACAAAACCAAUGCGACCUGGUCCGUUUGCGGAUCCUAAGCCGAAAAAAACGGUAGAACCUCAGCUCCCCGGUGUCACACGAUUACUAGCGAUGGGGAAAAAUAAACCACGACCCACCAAAAAUUCAGAAAAUGCUGAAAACGAAGUGAUAGAAAACCCAAGACUUAUAGAAGAAGAUGAAUCUAGUAAAAAAGAAAUUUCAAAUUCACCCACGAAAUCAAUACCAAAAAUGACAUCAUCAAAUUCAUCUAGACUUUCAAUUUUUAGUAAUUUAAAAUCGGUGGAUGAGGAGUACUGGAUGCAGGAGCUGAGCGCACCGUUUGCAAACAGAGGCCCCAUGGGCGAGCUGAUGCAGUUUUACAAACAGUGCAAAAAGUCGCCCCCUUUGCAAUCCCCUCAGAAAAACCCAACACCUGAAGAAAUCACCGAAAUGAUCAAAAUGUACGAAUCGCAGUUGCCCGAGUACGAUGCUCUAGUGCAGUCAUUUUGUGAAUCACCCGAUAAUAACUAAAGUAAGAGUUCGUUUUGUAAUUAAUUUUUGUGUUUAUUUAUUGUCACGUCAUAAAAUUAGCAAAUGUCACAUGUAAAUUGUUUCCUUCUGCAAAAGACUGAUAAGAAUAUAAGAGCGAGUGUAAAAACGUUGUACAUACUGAACAUGAAAUUACUUAAAUGAGACAACAAAGCUGUUGAACAUAAGUUUAUUUUUUAAAGUUGUAAAUAAUACAGUUCAUAUAUUUACAAGUUUUUGAACAUUUGAAAUUUUAAGCGGUUGUAUUUAGCCUAUUAUCCUGUGCAUUGAUCUGCUAAAGAAUCGAGCUCAAAAGCAUCUAAUUUUUUGUUGGAAGUUAAUGAGACAGAGCAAGGCCGCCGAAGCGAGGCCUUGACCUGAUCUGUGCAACCAGAAAAGAAAGUAAAUUAUGUGGUUUUUAUAAAUUGUUGCGUUCCGUACUAAUUUAAUUAAGUUAUUAGAUACUUUCGAGCAUUUUUUCACAAAAAAUAGAACUCACUUGUGUAGUACUUUGGUAUUACUUCAAAACAUGUUUUAUAAAUAGUACAUACUUUAUUUUACGUUCUAUUUGCUCAAUAUUUAAUUUGUUGUUGCGUAUUAUUUAUUAUAAGUAUCUACAAUAUAUUUUUUUGUGUUUUGGUCCAUUUUUUGUAUAAAAUUAUUUUAACUGGUACAAAAGAUUUAUCUAUCAAAUCAAUACAACAUCAAAUACAUUAUUUAUUAUUAUAA